AUACCUAAAGGUGGCAAUAAUGCAACAGCGUGGACGCAGACUGCCGUAAAUCCUCAGAGACGUUUACCCAACAUGCAGCUCGGCUCGAUAAGAUGAAGCAAGAUGGCGACUAAAACAAGCAAAGAAAGUCCUCCUCCUUUUGAUUGUCCAUCAUGGGCAGGCAAGCCGCCGGCGGGGCUCCAUCUAGACGUGAUGAAGGGAGACAAACUGAUAGAGAAACUCAUCAUAGAUGAGAAGAAGUACUACCUGUUUGGGAGGAACCCCGACUGGUGCGACUUCACCAUCGACCAUCAGUCAUGCUCACGUGUUCAUGCUGCCCUGGUCUACCACAAGCACCUGAAAAGGGUGUUUCUCAUAGACCUCAACAGCACACAUGGUACUUUCCUUGGACACAUUCGUCUGGAGGCACACAAACCUCAGCAGGUUCCCAUAGACUCUACAAUAUCUUUUGGGGCCUCAACGCGGACCUACACCAUCAGAGAGAAACCCCAAACCCAAGGCACCGCUGGUACAGGAGACAGCAAAACGGGAGAGGAUGAGGAGCUAAAAGGACUGCUUGGACUUCCUGAGGAAGAGACGGAGCUGGAGAACCUGACAGAGUUCAACACGGCUCACAACAAGCGCAUCUCUCUACUGACGAUUGAGGAGGGCAACCUGGAAAUCCAGAGGCCUAAGAGGAAACGGAGGAACUCCAGGGUCACCUUCAGUGAGGAGGACGCCAUCAUUAACCCAGAGGAUAUAGACCCCUCUGUGGGACGCUUUAGAAAUCUGGUGCAGACUGCUGUUAUUCCCAUCAAGAAACGUAGAUCAGAAAGUCAGAACACCCUGGGUUUUGAUGACCUGGCUUCAAAACGCAUUCAUGGCUACAGCUUGAGCGCUGGUCUCUAUGGGGACUUGCCUCCCACCAGUCAUGAGAACCAGCCAACAGGGGCCCCAGGAGGUGCUGCUAUGCAGGGAGGACUUCCUCUACCCUUUCCCAAUCCAGCACCAGAGGUGGACCUUGCCCCAGAGGCUCCCCAGCCCCCUGUCACUCUCAACCCCACCCCUGUCACAGCCCCUUACCUACCAGAGACCCACAACGAGCCACGCAAAAAGAAGUAUGCCAAAGAAGCUUGGCCAGGCAAGAAACCCACCCCAUCACUACUCAUCUAAUCAGUUUCUUAAAGCUGCUGACUCUCAGGUUACUAGCGGAUACAUCAGGGACUGUGACCUGGCAGAGUUUGAGUCAUUCACUUUGCAGUUUUCUCCAGAUUUGUUCUGUUACUCAUUGUCACCUCGAAAAGGCACACGAAGUUCCUUGUGGUCUGUCACAAGCUGUCAUCGAGAUUACAUGUACAACAGCUGAGCGGUCGGCCAGAAAACAGAACAGAUGUCUCGAUUGCAAACAAAAUUAAUUUAAAAGACUCUGCAGUGAGCGUUUGAUCCUCGGAUUGGCAGUCAGUCAUAUGUUUGUCUCUGAGUGACAGGCUACAUGGAUGUUUUUGAUGUGGUGGAUGUAAAGUUAGAUUUUUUUUUUCUACUUAACACGUUUGAACUUUUUUUUUCACUCCUUUUGUAUUUUGAUAAUGAUGUUAAACAAAAGGGCAAAACAAGGACUUUUAUAUAAGAAAUUUUACUGUGAGAAGUCAGAAAAGUCAGGAUCCACACAUGAAGUCAGUUUCUAUCAUAACCACAGAUUUGCUUUUUAUGUUAAGUUAGUAACAGAAUAUAACAUAAUUGGAAACACAGUAACAAAUGCCAACUUUGCUGCAAAAGAAAAAACUAGUAAAGGUUUGGAUUUAGUGUUUUAAUAUUCAAGGAGCAUGUUAACAUCUGUCACAUUCAGCAGAGAACAAAGACGUUUAUACAGUAUACUUAUAUUUUCUUUGCCUUGAACUGACUUGAGACAUAGGAACUGUGUGUUUGCGUAGCAGCAUAAAGAUGUGACUGGCCGCCAUGAACUGGUGAACAGCUAACAGGUUUACACAGAGUGAAGUCUGGGUUCGACAUCAAGGACCGACGGGGUGUUUCACAUUUGCAAACUGUACUGGUGACUUCUUGUCUUUGUGGAUGUGUGGAUUUUGUAAUCAUAUGACUGUAAAUAAAAAAACGAAUUACUUUUGA